GCUUGCCGCGGGGGGGAGGGAGGGGGUAGCAGUUGAUGCUGGCAGCGGCUCAGCCUGUGACAGGGAACUCAGACGACACCGCGGCCUGUGAGGGGAUGGGUGGGGGGGAGAGAGAGAGCCGGAUAAUGUGAGAGGAGAAGCGGGAGCCGGCGGCGAUGGGCAGUGAGCCGAGCACAGGCCGGGGUGGAGCGGGGCCCGAGCAGCCCGGGAGGACACGGCAGAGAGGUCAUCUGACCAAGAAAGAAGCCGCGGCCUCCAAGUGGAAAAGCGUCUUGUCCAGCGUGGGUCUCUCCGUCUCCGGCUGGUACACCCUCGGACCCUUUCAAGCAGCCCGCAAGCCCUUUCCGGACCCCUUGCAGAUCUGUGAGAAAAGAGCGCAGACCGUUGAUGCUGCGUGCCCUCCAGAAUGGCCUUUCCCCCGCUUCGUCUCGCUCUUCUUCCCGGAGUUCCCCUUCCGAUCGCAGCCUUUGGAGCAACAGUUUGAGGUUCUGGCAUUCAUCGCAAAAGGUUCGUCUGGAUCGAUUUUGAAAGUGUCUCAAGGGACUGAGAAGAAGAUAUACGCUGUAAAAGUGUUGCUGAAAACAGAGGUUCUGCAGCAAGACGUCCUUCAGCAAUGCAAGGAUGAAGUUAUUAUCCAGAAACAGGUUCGGCAUCCGUUUGUGCUGAGUUUACUGGAGUGUUGGCAGACAUCACGGCAGCUCUUUAUUAUGUGCGACUACUGCUCCACUGGUGACCUCUUCAUGCUUUGGUCCACCCACGGGCCGUUCGCCGAGGGGAAGCUCCGAGUGUUUGCAGCCGAGCUGGGCUCUGCGUUGGGGUUUCUCCAUGACUUCGGAGUCAUUCAUCGCGACGUGAAGAUGGAGAAUAUUCUUAUCAACGACAAAGGCCACCUGAAGUUGACUGACUUCGGUCUGUCACACAGACUACGCCGGGGAGAGCGAGCAUACACCAUCUGUGGGACAAUGCAGUACAUGGCCCCUGAAGUGCUGAGUGGAGGGCCCUACAAUCACUCCUCAGACUGGUGGUCGCUGGGAAUACUGCUGCACGUGUUGGCAACCAACCGGUUUCCUGUGGAGCCUGAAACCGACCAUUCCGCAAUGCUGGUCAGCGUACAGAUGGCCGACUUAACACCUCCAGCGACUGUCAGCCACAGCCUUGCCCUCCUACUUGCAGAGCUCCUGUGCAAGAACCCCCUGCGUCGUCUGCGACUCCUCGACCACUUCGCACACCAGCACUUCUUCCAGGGCUUGUCCUUCGAUCCAGACUUACUGCAGAAACUUCCCAUGGACUCCCCGCUCUCCGCCGAGAAACUCACAGCCCUUCCCGAUCCCUUCCGAGAUUUUGACGGCGACUUCUUAGGGGAGGAGAGACUGACGCUGCCUUUGGCAGGGUGAUCAGAGAGCCUGAGGGCUCGCACGUGUCAUUACACCAGGGCCAAUUGGGAGCUUUGGGUUUUAGCUCUGAAAUGUCCAGAGCUCCGGGAGCCACACUUCUCGCUACUAUCUCUGGAAAUGUUUUUGUCUUAGACGCACAGGCUGUAGAACAAGAGGACAGGACAGCGAGCCGGUAGACCGUAGAUCAGUACAGGUUGUGUAAAUUAACUGUUUGGGAGUAAAAUAACACGUCAGUCGAGCCUGGAAUCAUUCCAGAAUGUGUAAAAUGUGUAACUAAACAUGUCUGAAUAAAACAACUAAGAAG